GCGCAAUAACCCCCCUUUUCCUCAGUUUCCUCGAUCUCUGUACUGCAGGAAGAACGAGAGCCGGAUCGAAUGACGAAGAUCUUUCCAUUCGGAGCCCACGUUGCUUUCACCGUUCUCCUCCUAUUGUCGGCGGCGGUGUUGGGUUGCGACGGGCUUCGGAUGAAUCCUCAUCCUUCGAGCUCCCGGGGACAGGCGGACAUCAAUGGAGACCGUAUCGAUGACAUCUUAAAGGAAAAGAGGAAGGGAGAAACCGGGGCAGAGCUGUUCCCGACUGGGUCGAGCUUGCCGGACUGCUCGCACGCAUGCGGGCCGUGCGUGCCGUGCAAGAGGGUGAUAGUGAGCUACAAGUGCUCGAUCGAGUCGUGCCCGGUGGUCUACCGGUGCAUGUGCAAGGGCAAGUAUUACCACGUCCCUUCCCAUUGAUCAAGGGCUAGGGCGGGAGGCAUCGAGACAAUCGAAGUUCCAUGUCCCCUUUCUUUUUUCUCGGGUUCGGAUAGUUCCGGCUCCGUUCGAUUCGCUAAGAAUUGCUCUCGUAAUCGACUCAAGAAAACGUGUGCCCAUGUAAAUUACUUGGAGCGAGCUUUUUACCAUCUUUUUUCCCAAUGAGAA